UCAAACUAAUUCGCGGGAUCAUUACUCAUUAGGUACCAAACAUCAGUUGCACUUAUUUAACAGUUAUCUAAUGCACCGUAAGAAAUAUGAGGAACAUUAAAAAACUGUGCCACAUUUAUCGUCGGGGUUACAGCAAUGAUAUAUUGCCAUCAAGUGAAUCCGUGAUAAUAAGACAGAAUAAACCUGAAAAAGAUAUUGAUAACCUCGAAACACCUGUCGAAAUUCAUCCUGAAAAUGAUCCUAAAGAAUUCAGAGUCAAUGAUGUGAAUAUACAAAUGAUAUCAAAAAAUAUUUACGACCAGCUCUUUCGGACUCCGCAACCCACUUUAGAUGCUGGUUUGAUUAAAAGUUGCCUAAACCAUUUAGAAAAGCAUGGCAUAGAUAUCAAAACGAGUACAUACUUACCAGAUGUACAACUUAAAUUACCAAAGUUACAAGGAAAGGAUAUUGAGGAACAUUUUUUUAAUAUUGGAGAGACACAGUGUGCCCCAUACAGAACCCUGUUACAAAAACUAUCAACAAACAACUUACCUAAAUUACCAAAGAAAUGGCUCAAAAAACAAGGUUGGACAAAGUAUACUGAUCAAGGCUCUGAACCUGUAGCCUGUCCUCAAGAUGAUGCUUUGAUACUUGAUGUGGAAGUUCUGAUGACUGCUGGGAAAAGACCGACACUGGCCUGUGCUGUGUCUUCUGAAGCUUGGUAUGGCUGGGUCAGUGAACCUCUGGCAAAUGAUAACAAACAUGAACAUCACAACUCUGUGAGGUACGAAGACCUGAUACCUUUAGAAACCGAUGGUUUUGAACCAGUAGGUGAUAUAACCAGACCGAGGAUAGUGGUUGGUCACAAUGUAUCAUAUGACAGGUCCAAAAUUAAAGAACAAUAUUGGUUGAACAAGACUGGUGUACGUUUCAUGGACACAAUGUCAAUGCACAUAUGUGUGUCAGGAGUAACCAGCUAUCAGCGAACAGUUCUCAAAGACAAAAACAAAGAACCUCAUCCUCAUGAUGACGAAUGGAGAGAAGUCAGCUCCCUCAAUGGACUCUCUGAUGUGCAUAGAUUAUACUGCGGUGUGGCCAUAGACAAGCAGACUCGAGAUGUAUUCGUAGAGGGCUGCCUAGAGGAUGUCCAGAACAACUUCCAAGACCUCAUGAAGUACUGUGCCGGUGACGUCAUCGCUACCCACAACGUACUCGGAGCGCUAUUACCCUUGUUCCUAGAAAGAUUUCCGCAUCCUGUCACAUUCGCGGGAAUGUUAGAAUUGGGUUCUGCUUAUCUUCCUGUCAAUUCGAAUUGGUCACAGUACAUAGAUUCAGCCGAUACAGUUUUUGAGGAUUUGAAAUUGGAAUCCCAACAGAUACUCUCAUCUAAAGCGGAUGAAGCGUGUCGAAUGAUGGAGAACGAAGGUUACAAGGAGGAUCCAUGGAUGUGGGAUCAGGACUGGUCGGUACAGAAACUAAAAUUAAAAAAAAAUGCGACCAAGAAAAAAGAAACUAUAGAGUCAAAAAAACCAGCCAGUAAAGAUGUAAAUAGAAUUAGUUCUAAAUUUGAAUUAUUAAGUGACGAAUAUGUUGAUAGUCUUAAGACCAACGAGAAAGUUACACACGAUUUUGAAAAUUUGAACAAAAAGUUUAAGUAUUUAUAUGAUUUGGGUGAUUUAUUGCCUGUAAAGAGACCUUUUUUGGCCGGAUAUCCAGCGUGGUAUAAGAAAUUGUGCACUAAACCAGGAAAGGACCCCGACUGGAGGGCCGGCGCUAAUAACAUUACUACCAGUAUGCAGAUAACUCCAAAGCUCCUGCGUCUCUCAUGGGAAGGCUAUCCUCUACAUCACCUGCAGUCCGAAGGUUGGGGAUUUCUAGUUCCAUACAGUAGACAUAUAGCUGAAGACGCCAAGGAACCUCUCGUGCCGUUGGAGAAGAUUCUGGAAAUUUGUCCAUUAAUGACCUCUAAAGCUGAUUACGUUGAGAGCGAACUACAUAUGCUGCCUAAGAAUGUGGAGGAAGAUUUAAGCAGGAGGGCGUAUUAUGCUCGUAAGAAGAAGGAAGAACAGGCAGUGGCCAAUCAAUACCAUGGACUCGGGGUUUGGUGUGGAGUACAGAUACAGGGUUGCUGUCAUUUCCUGCGUCUCCCUCACAAAGAUGGUCCGAAAUAUAAAGUAGGGAAUCCGCUGGCGAGGGAUUUCCUAAACAUGUUCAGUCAGAACGUACUCUCUGCUCAAGGGAACGAGGCUGAGAAGGUGUUGUCGUUCGGGCGCAUGAUGUCGUACUGGCGUAACAACCGCGAGCGUGUGUGCGGGCAGCAGGCCGUGUGUCUGCCGGACCCGGCGCUCCCUCAGCACCUCCGAGGUCGUGGACUGGCCGCCAUCUUGCCGCUCGUGGUUGUGUGCGGCACGCUCACUAGACGCGCGUCGGAACCAACUUGGAUGACCGCUAGUAAUGCUCAGAGCGACCGCGUGGGCUCCGAACUACGGUCUAUGGUCACCGCUCCUCCAGGGUACCGCUUCGUUGGUGCUGAUGUGGACUCUCAGGAGUUGUGGAUAGCCGCUCUAUUGGGUGACAGUUCGUUGAUGUGUGGGGGGAGCGCGUUCGGGUGGGCGGUGCUAGCGGGGGACAAACGGACUAACACCGACCUACACUCACUGACAGCAGUCGCUGCCGGAGUGAGAAGGGAUCACGCUAAAGUCAUCAAUUACGCCAGGAUAUAUGGUGCCGGGCAGAAUUUCGCUGAGAGAUUGCUGAAACAGUUCAACCCGACUAUGACGAUAUCUGAGGCGAAGAGCAAAGCCGCCAAAAUGUUUACUACAACCAAAGGAAAAAGGGUUUACAGGCUGAAGGAAAAAUUUAUGGAGGGUUUCAUGGACGAGGAGUCAGGAGAUCAGACUGUAGAGAUGACUUCGUACCAAGCGAUGCGUCUCGCUAAACUGAGCGGCCGAACUACAGAUGAGAUGUUCGAGCGACCUCGGUGGGAGGGGGGAACAGAGUCGCACAUGUUCAACAAACUAGAGGAAAUAGCAGAGUCAUCGUGUCCUCGUACAAGUUUCCUCGAGGGGCGUCUGUCUCGUUCUUUGGAGGCUGCACAUAACGGAGGCGGCACUAAACUGAACUGGGUGGUCCAGAGCGCUGCGGCCGACUUCCUACAUCUCAUGCUGGUUAGCAUGACACAUCUGCAGCCAUCAGCCAGAUUUUGUCUCAGUUUCCACGACGAGGUCAGAUACUUAGUUCCCGAGGAACAUAAAUACGAGGCAGCCUUGGCAUUACAAAUAACAAACCUUCUCACUAGAGCUUUCUGUUCACAGAGGGUUGGGAUACACGAUCUACCGAUGUCAGUAGCUUUCUUCUCAUCUGUGGAAGUCGAUCGAGUUUUAAGAAAGGAAGCCAAUAUGAACUGUGUGACCCCUUCAAACCCUCAUGGACUGGAAAAAGGCUAUGGUAUACCUAAUGGAGAGUCAUUGACGAUAUAUGAUGUCUUAGAAAAAACCGAUUGUAACAGAUUUUGUACCAAAGAAACGAAAUAAAAAUUAUUAAACCUA